UGCAGGGGGUUUGGGAGAGAUUUUAGAAAGUGAAGAGAGGGAGAAAGCCAAAGUUACAGGCAGAGUAGAAGGUCCUUGAAUCAACAGGUGGCAAAGGGAGAGGCUUGGUGCCAUUUCAGUCCGUCAGAGACGGUGAAGGAGGAGGAAGUUAAAGAAAGCCCUCAAAGCAAUGACCGUGAGACUCCUGUGGAGGGUCCUGUGCCCACUGGUGCUGCUCUGCACGGUGUCACCGCUCAGCUCCGCCUCCAACCACCCGGACCCAUCGGCCCCCCAGCAGGGAGGCACCUUCAGCAAUGUCUAUAAAAUCGACAUCCCCGGGAGCUCUGGUUGUAAACUUGAGCUCCUGCCAAACCAGGACGAAACAGGUCUGCAGACAGAGACCACGAUGAGUGGUGAGAACAGCAUCACCUUCCAACACAACAUCCGGCUGCAGACCCCGAAGUGUGACUGCGAGGAGUCUGAAAGCUUCAAGUCGCUGUUGUACAGAGUCAACGGGCUGGAGGAAGAAGUCAACUACUUAAAGACCCAGUGCACUCAGGGAUGUUGUGGAAGCGGUGGGGCUGCAGGCGUGGACACAAGCUGCAGUGGCCACGGCGCCUACCAACCCGACGCCUGCAGCUGCCUCUGUAACCCCGGCUGGGAAGGCCCCGAUUGUUCCGUCUCGUCCUGCCCUGAUGAGUGCAAUGACAACGGCCGAUGCGUGAAUGGGAAGUGCGUGUGCCAGCAGGGCUUCACGGGAGACGACUGCAGCCAGCAGACGUGCCCGGACAACUGCAAUGACAAGGGACAAUGUGUGGACGGCAGAUGUGUGUGUUUCCCGCACUUCUCCGGCGAGGCUUGCGGCGUCCAAAGGUGUCCCAAGGACUGCGUCGGAAACGGCCUGUGUGUGGACGGCCAGUGCAUCUGCAAAGAGGGCUUUUACGGCGUUGACUGUUCAUCAGUCCACAGUCCUCAGGGUCUGCGCUUGGUGCAGAAGACCGAUGUCUCUCUCCUGGUUAACUGGGAAACAGUUCGUGGGGCAGAGUAUUACAUUCUGAGAUACCAUCCCAAAAAAGAUGACAGCACCCAGCAGUCUGUUCGGGUGUCCAACACAGAGAACUCCCACCUCAUCACAGGAUUGGCUGCUGGAGUCACUUAUAUUGUCCAAGUGCAUGCUGUCAUCAAAGACAUCCAAAGUGAAGCAGAUAAGAUUGAAGCCACCACAGAAGUCUCCGCCAUCGACGGCAUCAGAGUUCUUGGCCAGACAGACGUCUCCAUCCACUUGGACUGGAAGAACCCGUCAGCUGAAGUGGAUCAUUUCAGGCUCACGCACACCGAUCCCUCCGGGCAAGAGGAGGAGCAGAACGUGCUGAGGAACCAAGAGGCGCGCACCAGACACACCAUUGUUGGUCUUUUUCCAGGAACAGAGUACCAGAUAACAGUGCAGGCCAUGAAAGGGACCACGGAGGGAAAACCGUCUUCUGUCACUGCUGCCACAGACAUCGACGCUCCUGUCAACCUGAUCCCCAAAAAAGUGACAGAGGACACCGCCACACUUUCAUGGGAUCGUGUCCAGGCCGAAAUAGAUGGCUACAUGUUGAGCUACACCACUCCGGAGGGCUCCAGCGCCGAGAUCCCAGUGGGGCGGGACAGCAGCUCGUACAAGCUGGUUGGCCUGAAGCCUGGAGUUCUCCACUUUGUAAACAUCUGGGCCUUCAAGGGCCACAACGUCAGCGGGAAGAGUUCAACUACGGCUCACACAGAGAUGGACACUCCUAAGAUCACGGCCCAUGAAGAAACCGAUUCCAGCUUCAGGGUGUCCUGGGAUCACAUCCUGGCAGAAAUCGAUAGCUACGUCCUUGCCUACAGCUCUUCUGAGGGCUCAAGCGAGGAAAUCAAAGUUGGGUCCGACACUACUUCCUACAUGCUGAGUGGCCUGAGGCCUGGUGUCCUCUACACUGUCUACCUUUGGGCCAUCAAGGGGAGCAGAGCCAGCCGGAAGAGCUCAACCCAAGCGGAGACAGCACUGGAUGCUCCCGCUAACCUCUCGGCCCGAGAUGAAUCAGAGUCCAGCUUCAGCGUGUCAUGGGAUCCAGCCCAUGCUGAGAUAGACGGCUACGUCCUGACCUACGGCUCCUCAGAGGGGUACAGUGGGGAGACACCAGUGGGGCCUGAAAAAACCUCCUACACGCUGACCAGCUUGAGGCCUGGAGCUUUCUACACUGUCCACAUCUGGGCCGUUAAAGGAAACAAAGCCAGCAAGAAGAUCUCGACACAAGCGCAGACAGACAUUGAUUCUCCAAAGAAGCUGAAGGCGACAGAUGUGACGCUUGAGUCUGCUUUUUUGACCUGGGUUCCUCCUCUUGCGGACAUCGACGGCUAUAUUCUUACCUACAGAGAUGAGGAUGGAAACAUGGAGAUGGUUAAAAAGCAGCUUGGUGCCCACGAGAGCAGUUAUGCGUUAUCGGGCUUGGAGAUGUCGAAGAGAUACGUCGCUACCAUCGUUGCCUACAAGGGAAACAAGAGGAGCAAGGUGGUGGAGACCACCUUCAGAACAGUUGGCAUCCUGUACCCUUUCCCCAUGGACUGCACUCAGAUCAUGAAGAACGGCAAUAAGAAGAGCGGCAUUUACACCGUUUAUAUUAACAAUGACGACUCCCAACCCAUCGAAGCUUAUUGUGACAUGGAGACGGAUGGAGGCGGCUGGCUGGUGCUCCAACGACGUCAUUCUGGCAAACUGGACUUUAUGAAGCGCUGGAGACAGUACAUAGCAGGGUUUGGCAACAUGACAGAUGAGUUCUGGAUCGGUCUGGAUAAGAUAUAUAAGCUCACCAACACUUCCACUCAGUACGAGCUGAGGUUUGACCUGGGCCUCGGUGCCGAGAGAGCCUACGCCGUGUACGACAGCUUCAAGAUUGCCCCGGUCAAGCAGAAUUUCAGAAUCACUAUCGGCACGUACAGCGGAACAGCGGGCGAUGCGAUGACCUACCACCAAGACCAGGCCUGGACUACUGUCGAUAAAGACAACGACGUCACCAUGAGUAACUGCGCCCUGAACCACCACGGCGCCUGGUGGUACAAGAACUGUCACCUCGCCAACAUCAACGGAAAGUGGGGCGACACCAGGCACAGCGUGGGAGUGAAUUGGAAACCGUGGAAGGGCCACCUGGUGUCCCUGGACUUCACCGAGAUGAAGAUCCGAGCCGUGGGAGCCCGGUCCGGCAGGAGGAGCCGAUCGCUGGCGGACAGAAAGAAGAGCAGGGCCGCGAAAUGAGAGAGCGCCUCCCACUUCGACCCCACCAGUCGUCACCACUCCCGCUCACCUGCCAUCGGCGGCCUUCGUGUUCCCUCAAGUCUUGGACAAUGUGUACACUUGUUUUGGUGGGGGAGAGACAGAAUAGCAGAUAUACAAUAGUAACUUAUUAUCUGUUGGUAAACAGUGAGAUUAAUCAGAAACUCCUUGUGGUUCCGGCGAAGCGGCAAAUAGAAAAAAAUGCCUUUGAGUUAUCUUGAAGUGGAGUUUAGCCUUAUCAGUUAUAAUGCAAUAAUUAUUCUUAAAUACUUCUGUUUCACUGAUUCCAAUAGUAACACGCUUUAUAAAUCAAUAGAUUCACUUCGAUUUGUGUGCAUGGAAUGAAAGUUUUCCUCCCUUACUUCCUUUUCACACCUCAGGGCAGAGCCUAGGGUCUUUUUUUAAUUAUAUUUGUGACUUUAUUUUCAGGUCAAGUGUGAGGACUUAGUUUGUUACGGCCCUGAGUUUAUUGACUACGAAGCUGGCUGCCUGCGUCACAUUCGGUCGCCGCUGUCACAUCACAUUAGUUUGCGCGGGACGAGCCAGAGAAUAAUAACGGACGUCUGUCUGAAUGACCAUGUUGCUCCUGCUUUACAUUUAUAAGAUAUUGACAACAGAUAUCAAUCAAUGUGACGUGGCUGCAUCAAGCGCCAACAAGGAUCAAGUGCGUUUGCGCUUAAUGAACAAACCCUCGUUUUCAAUUUGGAAAGCAGACGAUUGUUAUUAAUUCUGCGUUGACUUUGACUUUAUGACGUCAUGACAUUUUUAUACAUUUAUUAAAAACUGUUGUUUUAUGAGACAAGGAUGGAGCACAUCAAUCAAACCGCUGCUUCGAUUUUGCAUUCAAUAAAAUGUCUUCAUAAACCUUCGUGGCUCAUGGGAAACUAAGGAAUAUAAAAACCUAUACAUGAAAUUAUUUUGUUUUACUAAUUAUAUAGUUACGUUAUAGCUGCCCAUUUAUAUUUGUACCACACAUUCACGCAAAGGCUAAAUAAAUAAAGGUUUUGUUACAUGGA